UCACAGAAGCAUAGACGAUUUCCGAAUCGUUAAGGAUGAAGACUGCUAUUCUAUUGUGUUUAGUGCCGCUGGCAUUGGCAACUUUGGACGUCGACAAGACUCCAGAUGGACCAAGAUUCGAAACUCCAGCGGGAGGAAUCCGAGGUUUCUAUGAUUACUCCCAGAAUGGACGAAAGUACAUGGCCUUUGAAGGUAUUCCAUACGCAAGACCGCCACUUGGAGAUCUCCGAUUCCGACCUCCUCAAAAAUUGAGACCAUGGACUGGAGAUGUAGUAGCCAUCAAAACCGGACCACCUUGCACGCAGUACAUUCACACACCAAUCGAUGCUAAGGAGAGAAUCGUUGGUUCAGAAGAUUGUUUGUACCUGAAUGUUUACAAGCCUGUAACUGAGACAACUAAAAAAAUGCCAGUUAUCGUUUGGAUUCACGGUGGAGCUUUCCAAUGGCAUAUGGAAGCCAAAGAUGGCCAAUUCACAAGACCUGACUAUAUUAUGGACCGAGAUGUUAUUUUGGUUACAUUCAGCUACCGUGUUGGUCCUCUUGGUUUCUUGAGCACUGGAGAUGAACACAUUUCCGGAAACAUGGGUCUUAAAGAUCAAAACAUGGCCAUCCGCUGGGUUAAAGAAAAUAUCGAAGGUUUGGGUGGUGAUUCUGAAAAUAUUUCCCUCUUUGGAUUGAGUGCUGGUGGAGUCAGUGUGCACUACCAUUACUUAACGCCUUUGAGUAGAGGACUAUUCAAACGAGGAUUGUCCUUCAGUGGAAAUGCAUUGAACUGCUGGGCUAUCACCGAAGGAGCUCCUGAGAAAGCAAAGAAAGUCGCGAUGACAGUUGGAUGCCCAACUUCAAACACAGAAGAGAUGGUAAAAUGUCUUAAGACUCGUCCAUACCGCCAGAUAGCACGUACAGACAUGGACUUUAUGCCUUUCGAGUUCAAUCCAAUGACUCCGUUUGGUCCAGUAGUUGAAAAAACAACAGCCGAGUCACCAUUCAUUACCAAAAUCCCAGCUGACAUUAUCAGCAGUGGCGAAGCUUAUGACGUUCCAUGGAUCACUGGUGUCGUUCCUGAAGAAGGACUUUACCCUGGUGCUGAUUUCUGUGCUGACCCAGUACUCUUGAAAGAAUUGGACGCCAGAUGGGACACCUUAGCACCCUUCAUCCUUGACUUCAAUUACACAAUUCCUCUCUCCAAGCACUCAGAAGUUGCCCGUAGAAUCAGACAUCACUACAUGGGUGACAAACCAAUUGACAAAACCACUGCUAUGUCUCUCGUCCACAUGAUUGGUGAUCGUCUGUACGUUGUGGGAGGUGUUAAAGCUGCCAAAUUGAUGGCUAAAGCAAACAAGAGUCCUGUCCGUUACUACUACUUCACCUACCACGGAGCUGACAGUUUAAGUUAUUCUAUGACCAGAACAAACGAAGACUGGGGUGUUGCACACGGUGAUGAUCCUUACUACAUUGUUGGAUCUCCAUUCAUGGACCCUACUACAACUGGCGAAGAUCGUGCAAUGCAGAGAGAACUCUUGGACUUCUGGGUAUCCUACGCCACCACUGGAACUCCUGAUGUUGGACUCGACUGGACACCUGUUGAUGCAGCUCAUGAAAAAUUGGUCUACCUCCAUAUCAAAGGACCAGGUAAACGUGAAAUGGACAAAGAUGGUAACUUUGGAUACAUUAAACUCUGGUCUAGUAUUGACUUCAAUGAAGACAAAGUUGAUGGAAAAAAAAUUGAAUACUAAAUAACCCACUAAUGAUUUUAAAUAACUUAUAGUUACGAUUUUUUGUACGUGUAAACGAGUGUAUUUUAUAAUGAAAAAGAAAUGAUUAAUAAAAAUAAUGAAGCAUA